AUGGGUCAAGAAUUUUUAUCCUUGUUUCAGCUGGAAACAAAGAAAUUGCUAUGGCUUAUUGGCAUCACCUUUGCGGUGAUCUUAACUUUUCAGUACCUUGAGUUUCCAUAUGGAAUCUCUCUAUUCUCUACAGACAAGAUACCAACACCAGGAAUUAGUACUCUAAAGGCUUCAGAUGAGCCCUCUAAAUCCAAAUUAGUUAGCAAUGUGACACUUUUCAAACCAGCAAACGCUACCGUUGACCAUGCCUUUGAGAUUACUAAUAAAUCUUUGAUCUUUGGGGAAAAUGAGACCAUUCCAAGAACCGGUUUUGUCUUGGAACCAGGAAGCACAUCAAACAUAUCAUUAGGAUUUGAUGGCUCUGACCCAACUUCCACUGUCGAAAGUAUUGAGAGACCAGACAAAGAAUCUGAAACACAGAAGGCAGAAGAUCCUGGACCUUGCAGUUUUAACAAAACUAUUGGCUUGAGUUUCUCUGCAAACCAACUCCAAGAAGACAACCUCUCAUCAACUGACCAAAAAUCUGGAAGUCCAUGUGCUUCUUCUACUAAUAUGAGCACAGAUAUUAUAACUGCAGUGUUAUCAAAUGAUUCCACCAUAUCUUUAUUUCAGAAAGACAACAUAACUAACUCCAUAAAGGAAGAGAGCGUUAGGUCAUCACUAAAUGAUGCUAAGGUCAGUGUGCCUAGUGAGAAUAAAGAUUAUCAUACACCAAUUCCAGAAGUUACAACAGUAUUUGAAAUGAACAAGUUAUUACGUCAAAGCCAUGAUUGGUAUCGUUCAAUGAGACCAAGGUGGUUUUCAGCUGUUGAUCAAGAGCUACUGCAGGUCAGAUCAGAGAUUGAAAAUGCACCAAUUGUAAAGAAGGAUCCAAAUUUUUAUGGUCCCAUUUAUCAUAAUGUUUCCAUGUUCAAGAGGAGCUAUGAAUUAAUGGAAAAGACUCUAAAAGUGUAUGUAUACAUGGAAGGAGCUAGACCAAUAAUGCACUCGCCAUUUUUCACAGGACUUUAUGCUUCUGAGGGAUGGUUUAUGAAGCAAAUGGAAGCCAAUGACAGAUUUGUAACUAGAGACCCAAAGAAGGCCCACUUGUUUUACUUACCUUUCAGUUCUCGAAUGCUAGAGGAAACAUUGUAUGUGCAGGGUUCUCAUAAUCAUAAGAACCUUAUUCAAUAUCUGCAUAACUAUGUAGAAAUGAUUGCAGGGAAAUAUACUUUCUGGAACAGAACUGGAGGUGCUGAUCAUUUUCUUGUUGGUUGCCAUGACUGGGCCCCGGGAGAAACUAAGGUUGAAAUGGCAAAUUGCAUAAGGGCCCUCUGUAAUGCUGAUGUAAAAGAAGGAUUUGUUUUCGGGAAGGAUACGUCUCUCCCGGAAACGUAUGUCCGGAAUGCUCAAAUCCCCACCAAGGAUCUUGGAGGUAACUCAGCUUCAAAGAGGAAAACUCUGGCAUUUUUUGCAGGGAGCAUGCAUGGAUAUGUGAGGCCAAUUUUGUUGCAGCACUGGGAAAACAAAGACCCUGACAUGAAAAUCUUUGGGAAAUUGCCAAAGUCAAAGGGCAACAGAAAUUACAUUCAGUACAUGAAGAGCAGCAAGUACUGCAUUUGUGCCAAAGGCUAUGAAGUGAAUAGUCCAAGAGUAGUGGAAGCCAUUUUCCAUGAAUGUGUGCCUGUUAUAAUAUCUGACAAUUUUGUGCCACCCUUUUAUGAGGUUUUGAAUUGGGAAUCCUUUGCAGUUAUUGUUUUGGAGAAGGAUAUUCCUAAUUUGAAGAACAUACUCCUUUCUAUCCCAGAAAAGGAGUAUCUUCGGUUGCAGAUGAGGGUCAAAAAGGUGCAGCAUCAUUUCCUUUGGCACAAGAACCCUGUCAAGUAUGAUAUAUUUCAUAUGAUACUUCAUUCUAUUUGGUACAACAGAAUCUUCUCCGCACCAACUAGGUAA